AUGGACUGGGCAAAUGUAUCAGGGCAAAAUGUGGUCACGUUUCUUUUAGAUUUUGAGAAGGCCUAUGAUAAGGUUGAAUGGGAGUUUAUAUUGAUGAUGCUAGAAGCCUUUGGAUUUCCUAUGGAAUUCUGUAAGUGGGUAGAGAUUCUCCUUAAAGAUGUGUCUGCACAAGUAGAGAUUAAUGGGUCUCUCACUCGGGUUAUUAAACUCGGAAGGUCUAUUAGACAGGGUUGCCCUCUUGCCCCUGUGCUAUUUGUUAUAGCCUCUGAUGUCCUAUGCUAUAUUUUAAGAGACUACACCAUAUCCCCUAAAGUAGGAGGUGUUAAGCUUCUUGAUGGGUCUGAACUGAUUAAUACCCAAUUUGUUGAUGACAUUGCACUUUUUGUAGAACUCACCAAACAAAACAUGGAAGCCCUAGAGUGCAAAAUUAAAUUCUUUGGCGAGAUUUCAGGGGCAAAAAUCUCUUAG